UUCCCCUGAGGGUGAAACCUUCAGUGUGGAGUAUCUGAAAAUCCGUGCCAGUCGAUAAACAGCACCGCUCUAUACCGAUCCUGUCAUCUGUGCCAAUAUGAACGUGUUGCUAUGCAUGUGCAGUAUAUGAAGAGCUGAAAUGCAAGAUUACAUUUUAAAAAAGACAUGAAAACAAAGAAUGCAAUGACACCAGUUAUCAUAAACCAAUGGACCUAUUCGAUGUCCCCUUCCCUGACUAUAGGACACACCCAUUAUAUCCAAACUACGUAUGAUCUCCCGCGUCCGGGUCACUUUGCAUCUCAUUUACGCACCAAGCGGAUCAUGUCCAGAGCGGAGGCUUUUAGAGACUCGAACCUUCGCUCCCUACUGAGGGGGAUGCGCACCGACAUUGCCAUGGCUGUAGAUGACCCGUUCCCUCUUGUCUAUGGUUUGGCAGACAAAAACAUCAUCACUGACCAAAUGCUGAAGGACACUCUAGGGAAGGAGAGCAAGGAAGGGAUCCACAAGGCCAUGUACUCGCUCCUGUCCUGGGUCCUGGAGCAGAGACGAUCUACAGUCCAGGCUUUCUGGAGCAACAUGACCAAGGACUACAACCUGGACAGCUACCCCAAGCUGCAGUCACUGCUCGCUUACCUGCAUUCGAGACGGGAUUCCAGAAGUGAGAAGAGAUCCUCUGGAUGUGACAGGACCCCUCACACGAAGAAGAGGAGCAACGGGGACAGAGGGACCAAUGCCGGCAAGCUCUCACAGUAUCAUGCAAAGACAACCGACGGACCAGGGGGUAAAGUGAAAUUAUACAGAGUGAAGAGUGAAGCUCCAGCACCACAGCUGCCAUCCGGAAAUGGUGUGCAGGCAGUGUCGUCGUCCGUCCAGAGAGCAGUCACCCUGUCCUCCUCCUGCCCCACAGACGUGUCAGUCAGCCAUGACGCCGGAGAAAAGAUCCACAUCAAGCAGGCGUUUGAAUCAGAUGCAGGAACUGUGAGAAAGUGCAUCAAGGUCGGAGGUGAGUUUUACUCCCGGGGUCCAUUAGAGGAGACAAGUGCAGCGUCCAAGUCCAUGGCUGCUAUGGGCACAUUUCACCACAAGGGGGAGACAACCCCGGGCGUAGUAAAGUCUCAUUAUAAUGAUGAUGAGUGUGCAGUAUGUAAGGACGGAGGGGAGCUGAUUUGUUGUGAUGGUUGUCCUCAAGCUUUUCAUCUGACCUGCCUCGACCCUCCACUCACAUCCAUACCCAGUGGCAAUUGGCAGUGUGAGCGGUGCUGUGGAAACAAAGUGAAAAGAGAGAAAGCCCAGCUUCCUUUACAAGUACUCGUGGCCCAGCCUCAGCAAACAAACACCAGCUCCACGAACUCCUUCGUAGACGCCUCCUUCUUCGCCCAGCUCUCGUCCUCCGCCCUCACAAGUGUCGCAGCUUCCAUGAACGGACCCGCUGACAGAAACCAGUGCGCGGGUGGAGCCCUGGUCAGUGUGAGGGAGGUGUGUGGCUUUUGUCACCUCGGGGGAGGAGACCUGACUCAAUGCCUUCAGUGUUUGGAGCGUUUCCAUGUACACUGCCUUUUCUACAAAGGGAGAUCCAUCUGCUCGUCCUGCUCAAGGCCCUGGGGCAACUCUGCAGAAAAAGAGGCUGAGUCGGGAGGCUUACAGCUCACCCCAGUGGUUCAAAACACAUUCAGUCAUGAUCAGGUCCCUGAGCCCAUCCUCCAUAAGGACAAUCUGGACUCCAUCCUGGGAGAUCAGGGCUCCAUGGAUGGCAUCUUGCAGUGGGCUUUCCACAACAUCUCUCAGCCUCUCAUGGACUCACAGGGGUGUUACCAGUGACAAGCAGACAGACAAUCAUACACGUGAGCUCUUGGACAGUGAAGUCAUAGUGUAAAUGUGCAUCGAUGAAACUAACUGAUUUAAAAUGUGCCUGCACUAUGUAAAUCGCCCUUUUCACCUUUUACAUAAUCUGGCCUCGCUGUAAUGCUUGUACCUACUUUUUCAUUGAGUUAUUUCAUUGCAAAAAAUUUUUUUGACCCUGUCGCCAAUCAGCACUCCAUAUUAUUUUACAAGACUUUCAAAUUUCCUCCUACAUUGUGUAGCACAAGUAAACAGAAAUAAAUACACUUAGAAUGUG